UAAAUCGCGAUGAGUUUUUGGGGUGUCCGAUGUCUGACGCAGCGGUUCAUCCGGCAGGCGUACAUCCUGGCCAACAGGAGGAUAUUGGGUGCACAGUCGCCGCAGCGAUCGCAGCCGGCAUACGCUGUUCCAGUUCGUCCAGCGCACAGCAGUCUCUAUCAAAUGGUAAAGAAACGCACCCUUGAGGCGCGCACCAAAUUGCAAGCCAACAAAUAUCCGAAUCAACAAGCCUGCGUCGCCAAACCCUCGACCACGCCCCCCAGCGAGGAGUACGACGUGGUUGUCGAGGGCGCAGCCACUCCCACCUACGCCAAUGCCCAGUUUCAAGCCCCAUCCCAGUCGGAGCCACUCUUCAAAGUGGGCUUUGCUGAUGUCAAGAGCGUCUGCAGUGCCAAGGAUGUGCUCAAGUCGGACAGUGCGAGGCUCAGCACCAGUCAGCCUGUCCUGGACUCCUGCAAACCGUCAAAAGCCUGUGAGGAGUUCCAGCGCAAACGCAAGGAGACAACCUGCCAGCCUUGCAACGAGGAUGGAACUGCUCCGGGUGGCAGUGGUGGCGGCGAUGAGGAGUGCGAGUGCCGGAUGAAGGACCUGCGAUUAAAGUGCCUGCUGGGAGCGCUGGCUGCCCUGUUAGCCGGUGGAUUGCUCGCCUGGUUCAUGACGCGGGACACGGACGACAGUGAAGCCAAAAAGGCCCAGGAAGAGGAGGAGGAACGGAAACGUAGAUUAAUAGCUGGACUAGCUACGAGUCCGCCCAGUUCUGAGGACCUUCCGAAGCACGUGCCGUAUCUUAUUGUCGGCGGCGGAACCGCUGCCUUCUCUGCCUUCCGAGCCAUCAAGUCCAACGAUGCGACGGCCAAGGUUUUGAUGAUCAGCAACGAGUUCCGCAAGCCCUACAUGCGUCCUCCGCUGUCCAAGGAACUGUGGUACACGCCCAAUCCCAACGAGGAUCCCAUCAAGGAUUACCGCUUCAAGCAAUGGACGGGUUCCGAGAGAAGCUUGUUCUUCGAACCUGACGAGUUUUUCGUGGACCCCGAGGAUCUGGAUGACAGUGUAAACGGUGGAAUUGCCGUCGCUCAAGGAUUCGCUGUCAAAAAGGUGGAUGCGCAAAAGCGCAUAGUGACUUUAAACGACGGCUAUGAAAUUAGCUACGACGAAUGCCUGAUUGCCACGGGCUGUGCGCCCAAGAAUCUGACCAUGCUCCGCGAUGCGCCGCCCAGUGUGCUCGAAAAGGUGAUGGUCUAUCGCACACCCGAUGACUUUGAUCGCCUACGCAAGCUGGCGGCCGAGAAGCGUUCCAUCACCAUUGUGGGCAAUGGCUUCAUCGGCAGCGAGCUGGCCUGCUCGCUGGCCCACUAUUCCCGAGAGAACAAUGGCGGCAAGGUGUACCAGGUGUUCCAGGAGAACGCGAAUAUGUCAAAGGUUUUGCCAAACUACUUGAGCCGCUGGACGAUGGCAAAGAUGGAGGCGCAGGGCGUCUGCGUGAUCCCGAAUGCCAGCAUUCGAUCGGCGGUGCGAGAUGAAAGCAAUCUGAAAUUAGAGCUGAACAAUGGUAUGACUUUAAUGUCCGAUAUUGUGGUCGUUUGCGUGGGCUGCACACCCAACACAGAGCUGGCGGCGCCCAGCCGAUUGGAGGUGGACAGGAGUCUAGGCGGAUUCGUGGUCAAUGCGGAGCUGGAGGCCAGACGGAAUCUGUACGUGGCCGGCGAUGCUUCCUGCUUCUUUGAUCCUCUGCUGGGCAGACGGCGGGUGGAGCACCAUGAUCACUCGGUGGUCUCUGGUCGGCUGGCCGGCGAGAACAUGACAGGAGCAAAAAAACCCUAUCAACACCAGAGCAUGUUUUGGUCCGAUCUGGGUCCAGAGAUCGGGUACGAGGGAAUCGGCCUGGUGGACUCCUCUCUGCCCACCGUUGGCGUGUUCGCCCUGCCCUCCGAUACCGCCAAGCGCGUAGACCAACUGUCCGAUUCCACGGAUCCUGAGGUGCCCACGAUUACCACGACCACCAGUCAGUCGACUAAAAGCGAUGAUGCCAGCACUGCUGGCACAGAUGGCGUUACCUGUGAUCCCGAUGAGGCGGCCAACUAUGGCAAGGGUGUGAUAUUCUACUUGAAGAACGACAAGAUCGUCGGCAUCCUGCUGUGGAACCUCUUCAAUCGGAUAGGCUUAGCUAGGACAAUAAUCAAUCAGAAUAAGAAGUACGAUGACCUCAAUGAGGUGGCCAAACUGUUCGAGAUUCAUGCGUAAAGAACGGAGUGUCCUAAAGGACCUAGGAGAGAAACUUAUCAUUAUCCUGGAAAGCUAAUAAGUCAGCACCGAAUGCCUUUAACUGUGUGUUUACUGUGUACAUAUGCAACUGCAACUAGAUACGAAGAACGGCAAUGGCGCAAUGCAACAGAAAUUUUAGUUUUAUUAUUUUUGGAAUAAACCUUUUUUUGUAGUCGACGACAUUGAUACGGUUAUGUGGCAGCAAUAUGCGUAACUGCAUGUAAAUAUUUAAAAGUCGUGGAUAAGAGAGGAUAUCUGUUGAAUUGUGUGUAGUUUUUCCUAAUAAAUGAAGCACCAAAAAAAAUUUAUUGACACAAAA